AAAAAAUAUAUAAAUGUUCAUUCCAGAACUCAAACCGUGCUGUGAUACCCUUUUAAAUGGGCACACUAACAACUAGAUAAAAGUAAUUUGUUAAAUAGUAUUACAAAUUUGAAAUUAUAUAAACUACUAUUAUUCUUCAUCUUAUCCAAUUUAAAAUUUUGGUGACAAUUACUUAUAUAAAUACAUUAACAUGUUUUUUUAUUUAUUAUAUAUUUAAUAAACUUAUAUCCUACUAAAAUAUAAAUAAAUAUUUUUAUUAUUAUAUGAUCUUAAAUAUGGUUAAAACUUUGAAUUUAUUUAUACAAUUUUCUUAUUUAAAUUAUUUUUAAUUUUAAACUUAAGUGGAUUUUUUUUUCAAAGUUAAUAUUAUAUAUUUUGAUAUUUUGUUCAAAAAUGUUAAGAGGCCUUUUACCUUAUUUUACUAAGAUAUGUUGUACAAAAUAUUAGACAUAUUAAACGAUAACUAAAAUAUAUAUAAGUCAAUCACCAAAGUUUUAAAUUGGAUAAGAUGAAGAAAAAUGGUAGUUUAUAUAAUGAGAAAUUUCAAUUUGUAAUAAUAUUUCAAAAAAAUAAUUUAGUCUAGUUGUUAGUAUACCCCUUUAAGAGGAUAUCCCGGCACGGGUUUGAGUUCUGAAAUGAACAUAUUUUAAAAAAUAUAUAUAUAUUAAAACGACGUUGUCUUAUCUUGUUAAUGGUUGACUAAUUUCUGUUAGAGUCAAUGUAGAUUUAUGCACGUUUUAAGAAGUUCAGGUAGUUUUUCUUAGAUAUAAAGACAACAACUCACAAGAUAACAUAAAGAAGAGGAUGAGAAUGGAUGUUGCUCUAGACGCCAUUUGUAUUUAAAAUUAGACGGAGAAAAUUAUUUAACUUUGGAUUUUGUUUUCUGUAGGAAGUGUCCCUAUAUCAUAUUACGGUCUCUUUGGUGAGGAGAAUAUACUGAUUGAAGGAGAGGGUUUAGACUUAUGUUAAGUGUAACCCGAGUCACGUGAGGCACGUGAGAGAGUAUAUGUAAAAGGCUGUGAUAUAAAGCCUUAUCUUCUUCGUCGUUUUCUUUAGAGUAGAGAGAAACUGAUCUGAGAUUGUAACAGAUCAUGUAGACGAGUGAGAGAGAGAGGAGACCACCAUUGUAGACCGAUGAGAGCUCAAGUUUGAGUUACUCUAGUUGAUUGCUGGCUGUGCUCAGCCCCAGUGAUGUAUAGCGGCUUCUCCACAUUGGAGAAGUGCGGUGAGCACCGGGUAAACAAUUUUUGUGUCUUUAGUUUAUGCUUAUUCCUUCUUGUUCUUAAAUCGAUUUCAAAUCCAAGUAAAUUCAAGCUAAGGAAUCCUAACAUUACAUUUUCGAGUUCUUUCAGUGAUUAUAUAGGUUUUUGGUCGUUGUUAACAUUUAUUGUGGUCUUUAAAUAUUUUCCGUUUGUUUUCUCAUUGCUUAUUAGCAGGCCUGUUUCACGUAACAAUCAAAAGGACCAUAACAUCUAUAACGGUAAAAUACUUAAGUGACGUCAUCACAAUCAAACUAAUUACGGAUUGGUCAAAGAUUCUAUUCCUUCAAAGUUUUCCAAUUGAUUUGUCAUAUAUUCGACGGCUUUUAUGUUGAAACAGAGCAAAUUCUUAGAAGAUCCUUUCCAACUCAUUUUUUAUAUAUAUUUCCUAUAAUAUUAAAAUUCUAUUAUAGCGGUGACUUUUAUUCUACAUUAUGCUUUUAUAAUAAUUUUUUCUUUUUUAUUUUAGAAAAAAAUAUAAAAAUACUAUUCUAUAAAUAGAGGAACUCUGUUACACAAGACGCAUUAUGGUAAAUCCGUAUUUAUAAUAAAACUAUUAUAUAUUUUAAAAAUAUAUAAAGUAGGGUUAGUUAUUCUAGAAAUAACUCAAAAUUAUCAUAAUCAAAUUUAGAGAUAGGUAAGCCUAUAGCUGAUGAGCGGCGUUAGGGUUUCGGCGAUUGGCGAAACUAGGGUUUCAGAGUCAGGAGAUCGAGAUGCGACCAUGAUGGAUGUGGGAGAGAGAGCAAGACCACCAGGGGAUCCACCAGACUGCGUGCCCUCGUAUGCAUCCAAGGUAGCGGGGACGAGUGAGGGAGGGAUGCCGGUUCCGGAGAAACUGAUCGAUGAUGACUUUAUUACGGAGAGACUUCGAGUGGAGUUCCCUAAUGGAGAAGAUGGUGAACCGUCUAUCACGAUUGAGACAGAGGUGCUGGAAGCGAUGAAUGGGAUGUGGAAACAGUGCAUGAUCGUUAGGGUUCUGGGAAGGAGUGUUGCGAUAUCUGCCUUGAGUAGGAAGUUACGAGAGUUAUGGAAUCCGAAGGGAGCAAUGUACGUCAUGGACUUGCCUCGGCAGUUUUUCAUGGUCCGUUUCGAAAAGGAGGAUGAAUAUAUGGCAGCGCUGACAGGAGGUCCAUGGAGAGUCUUCGGUAGUUAUCUCAUGGUGAGGGCUUGGUCACCAGAAUUUGAUCCCUUAAGAGAUGACAUUGCUACAACGCCGGUCUGGGUUAGACUAACAAAUAUCCCAGUGAACUUCUAUCACCGGUCGAUCCUGAUGGGGAUUGCUAAGGGUUUGGGGAAGCCAGUUCGGGUAGACAUAACCACGCUGAACUUUGAGAGAGCAAGAUUUGCAAGAAUUUGUGUCGAAGUCAACUUAGCAAAGCUAUUGAAAGGGACAGUGCUGAUUAAUGGUGAGAGAUACUUUGUAGCGUAUGAAGGGCUAUCUGAAAUAUGUUCUAAAUGUGGAAUAUACGGACAUCUAGUCCAUGGGUGUCCAAAAACUAUUGCGGAGAGAGUGGCUAAUAUGGCAUUACAGACGGAGACGUCAGUACUCCCUACAUCGGUACCUAAACAAAUCCCUCCGCAGGAGGAUGGGUUUACUCAAGUAAAGGGAGUGAGAAGAGGAACGCAAGUGUCGAGGCAGGUGGGUAUUGUGAUACGAGAACCAGGUGAGGUAACUAAGCAGAGCCUUCAUGAGACCUCUAAUAUCAAGGAGACCGCGAAUAUUGCACUGUCGAACAAGUAUAGCAGCCUUGAGAUGACUAUGAAUGUGGAUGGAGCAAAGGAGGAUAUGGUUACUGGUGAAGGGAAUAAGGAGAAUCAGGACAUUAAUAUUCAGAACAGGAAAGGUAAAGGUUUCUCGCAAGUGAAAGAAGGUUUGAUCUUUAGCGGGAAAGCUAGUACUUCAACUAGUUCACAAGGAGCGCAUAAGGAGAAGUGGGCCGCUAACAGAAAAUUGAUUGAGGGUAGUAGAGGAAAGCCCAAGAAAGUGAACAAUAGGCCUGUUCGAGGGCUGGUGUUUGGGCCGACAAAGGGAGAAAUUAGCCUAUCAGAAUCUGGAAAGAGACUGAGAGUGGAAAAUACUACGACAGGGAGAGCUGGGGGUGUGUUCAAAAAUAGCGUGGAGAACGGUCAGACUAGAUCUAAAACUCUGCUACUGCGUGAUGAAGAGGUGGAUAAUCCCAUGGAGAGUACUAUCAGCGUGGCGGAACAAAAAAUGGCUGAUACACAGACGAACCUGCAGGGAGAUGGAGGGAUCUUUUCUCUUGCAUAACAGGGGGCUCCGGUAAUUCGUAUAUA